AUCCACCACAGAUGAAUAACAUCAUGCCAACAUCUCCCCUCCUUCCUCAGAUGGCACAUCAACAUUCAUAUCCCAGCCUGGGACAGAUCACAAACCCAUAUGAGCAACAGCCUCCAGGCAAAGAGCUGAACAAGUACGCCUCUCUGAAGGCAGUUGCUGACAAAGUCAACGAUGACUUCUACACCAAACGCCGACAUCUUGCAGAGCUGGCUGCCAAGGGGAGCCUGCCACUCCAUCCAGUGCGCCUAGAUGAAGAGAGAGCUUAUACCAUUGACAGUGGCCUAACCAGACAGAAUGGGCAGAAAUCCAAAAUGGCAAAGAUCCACACACACCCAUUAGGCUACAAUUCCCACUACAAGACUUGGGAUCCCAACGACCCGUCUCUUAGACGGCAAGCGUACACAAACAAGGGGAAGCAUGGGAUGGGAGACCCGCUGACACCCCGCAGCCAGCACUAUUUGGGCCCACAGCCAUACUUCAUAACUAACAGCAAGACAGAAGUAACUGUUUGA